AUGGCACCCAGCCUACCGGCCGAGGUCCUGUAUAUGAUCCUAGAUCAGCUCCGAGACGAAAGGGACUACAACACCAUUUAUCAAUUUGCACUGAGUUCGAAGUACUUCACAGAGCCCGCAUUGACGAUUCUCUAUCAGUUGUAUGAUACCGCGCCAGUGACCGGGGGCUCAAUUGAAAAUGCUAAACGACAGCAAGAAAGGACAAUUUGGAAAUGGGCGGCUAUGUGGCGCUCUGUUAUCCUGUCCGCGCUUGAUCAGACCUAUCUUCCAUAUCGCAACUAUAUACGGCACUUGAACCUUGAGGAUUUAUCCGACUUACUCAGUCACCCGGGGUUCAGAGGCAAGACACAUGAUUAUUUCUUUACACCAGAACUUCGUGAAGCCGCAGGCCAACAUAAUUGGGAUAGAAGGCUUCGAUCGAGAAUUGCCCAAGACAUUCCUCUAUUAGUGACUGGGAUUGGCUCAGUCUCAACUGAUACACUUUCCGACUGGAUUGAGCAUCUACCGUCGUUGCAGACUCUAUCAAUUUGGGAUGGAGGAAAUCUCACGCAGUCCGUUGGAAACAAGAUCCGCAAUCACUGUCCUGAGUUCAAGCGAAUCACAGCGUACAGAUGGGCAAGUAACGGGCCCUGGCACACAGAGGCUGAAUCUGAACGGUUCCUCAACGAGCUGAGGCCUCAUACACUUGAGCAUUUCGAGGUUAUCAGUUUUAACUUUUUAAGCAGCGACUCGAUCAGUGGCCUCAGUUCCCAUUUGGGUUCAUUAACAGAACUGAAACUGACUUCCCUCAGUCUUAAUGCCAUCACAUCGCUGCCCUCAUUAACAGCUCUACCAGCCCUAAGGGCGCUGGCCUUGACAGAUUCGAAGGUUUUAGUGGACAAUGCCCUAGUCGAGUCGAUUGUUACGCAUCUUGGUCAAUGGAUCCAUAGUUGCAAGUCACUAAAAGAAUUGCACAUCAGGAGAUUUGUCUUUGACCCUAACACAUUGUUAUCCCAGGCCCUUGCUAACGGUGGGCCUCGCCUGACUACCCUUUCGUUGUCUGACUAUGCCGCGGCUGAGGCCCGGGGGUUUCAUGAAACCUUGGGGUCACAAAAGACACUACAGAACCUCUAUCUCAACGGAGAAGGCAUGGAGCCGGUUGAGGAUAACGUGCAUCUCGUCCAGGCCUUUGCUGAACUCAAUGAAAUACGUGUACUCGAACUCAAGGGAGUAUCCAACGGCUUCACUCCGGACCACGUCAUGGCUUUGGUUGCAUUGAUCCCGCGCGUGGAGAGACUCUGGAUCGAUGGUGACUACUUCGAUGAUAGCAUUUGGCUUGCAUUCCGCUGUUUGCCCAAACUGCGAAGUCUGGUCAUCCAAGCGCUCAGCGAGUUCUCGGAACAGGCGAUUAUUAAUUUCGUCACUAAGCUCAAGUCAGGUAGCCAUGGGUUCAAUCUAUCAAUUAUGAACUCGAUAACAGAGGCCGAACUUUCGGAGGAUGCGCAAAAUUCAAUACGAGAUAUCCUGGUCGGUGGAUCGUUUGAAUUCGGCCUGGCGCAAGAGGAAUUUAGUGAUAUGAGUUCAGAGGACUUCUCAGAUUGA